AUGCCCAGUCGCUGCCCCUUGACCACAGGACACAGGCUCAGUGCCGGCCACAAUACGCAUGCCCAGUCCCGUACCCUUGAUCUGCAGAGCGCAGGCUCAGAGCCGGCCGCUUCCGAGCCACUCGGCCAUAAUACGCAUGCCUCAUCCCGUCCUCUUGGCCUACAGAGCGCAGGCUCAGUGCCGGCCGUAUCCAGGCCACUCGGCGAUAGUAACUUCAUGCCGUUUGGUCAAAGGGCGCAGGCUCAGUGCCGGCCGCUUGGCGGUAAUGCGCAUGCCCGUUUCCAGCUGUUUACUCAGUCGUUGGUAGGCACCACACAAUCUACCAGGAAGAACUGGAAGAAAUUUGGCAAAAUGAUUUUGCUAUCCAUAAUUACUUCCAUACUUUGCACCUAUAGUUAUGCUUUUGAACGUCAAGGCAACUGCAAAACUCAGUGGUUUGACCGUGAUGACCCAUCGGGUAAUGGUGAUUAUGAAGAUCUUGUAAAUCUAAGAAAAGCGUAUCCUAAUCAAAUCUGCAGUAACCCGACUACUUGUGAAGUGGAGACGACAUCAGGAAUUUUAGAAUCAAGCUCCGGGGACAACAUCACUGAGUGCAGUGUUUCUUCUGGAUUUAUUUGCACAAAUAAGGACCAACAGGAUGGCAAAUGUGAAGAUUUCAAAAUACGAUUUACCUGCCCUGAAUCUUUUUGCAGCUGCAAAACUGAGUGGUUUGAUCGCGAUGACCCAUCAGGCAAAGGUGAUUCUGAGGACCUUGUGAAUCUUCGUAAAGACUAUCCUGAGCAGAUCUGCAGUAACCCCAUUGCCUGCGAAGUGGCGACCACAGCUGGAGAUUCAGCUGGAAGCACUGGAGACAAUAUCCCCGAGUGCAGCAUAUUGAAUGGCUUUACUUGUACGAAUGCAGACCAAGAAGAUGGCAACUGUAAAGAUUACAAAAUUCGAUUUAUCUGCCCUGAAUCUUUUUUUCAUUGGUUGUCUCAUUGGGCUUUUGCUGACAUCUUGGAGUUUGUGGAAGCAUUCCCAUCACCUCAUUCGGUUGAUGAAUUCCUCAGCGUCUACCUCUGCAAGACAUGUCAGAUCAUCAACAUGGAUACUACCAUCACAUGCCAGAAGACGGUCCACAUGCACAUGGAAGAUACAUGCAACUGCAAAACCCAGUGGUUUGAUCGUGAUAACCCAUCGGUAACUGGUGACUAUGAAGAUCUUGAGAAUCUGCGAAAAGAAUAUCCCAAUCAGAUUUGCAGUAGCCCGACUGCCUGUGAAGUGGAGACAACUACAGGAGUUCCAGCUUCAAACACCGGCGAUAACAUCCCUGAGUAA